AACACUUUUUAAUAAUCGUCCACUUUUAUAGUUUUACUUGACAUUACUCUGCUCAAAGCCAUAAAAAAAUUUUGGAUUCUUCCUGAAUCUUGUGACUCGGUCUGAGCGAAGUUCUCCAUUUCCUCCACCGCUUAAAUUUGCUAAGGUUUUUCUCUGCAAUCCUUCUUCAAUUUUCCUUUUUAAUUCUUGUUCUUCUUCUGAUUAAUAAGUGUUAAAUGAAAUCUUACCCAUGAUUUCACUUAAUUUCAAAUCUACCCACAACCAAGAUCUUUAUAAUGGUGGCUAAUUUUUAAGUUUUAUUGCAUUUUAUCUGUAAUAACAUUCUGGGUUUGGGUUUUUUUGGUUAAUUGUUUCUUCAAUUCAAUGCUUUUGACUUUAAUUUCUUGACCUGGGUAAGAUCUUUACUCCUCUGUCCCGUUGGACUUUUCCUACAUUGCGGAAAUUGAGCAGUUGAUAAUAAAUUGAAUGGGAGCAAACAGUUCAAAGCCAACUACACCAAGGGAAUACCAUGGGAAUCACUAUGGAAAUCAGCAAGCACCAUAUUCUCAACCAUAUUAUGUGCCUGAUCCUCAAUAUAAUCAUGCAUUCCAACAGCCCUAUCCACCACCUGCAGCCGCGGCGGCACCUGUAUCUACCUCAACCUAUGGUGGUCCCACUCAUGAGCACAAGAAGCGGUUUGAGAGGAUGUAUUCAAGGAUUGCGGAUGAGUAUACAUCUUUAGACCAGGUGACUCAAGCUUUGGCUCGUUCUGGCCUUGAAUCCUCUAAUCUUAUUGUUGGUAUUGAUUUUACAAAAAGCAAUGAGUGGACAGGUGCCAAUUCAUUUAAUAGAAAAAGUUUGCAUCAUAUUGGUGGUGGCCUAAAUCCAUACGAACAAGCAAUAUCUAUAAUAGGAACGACAUUGGCUGCUUUUGACGAGGAUAAUUUAAUUCCAUGUUAUGGAUUUGGAGAUGCAUCGACACAUGAUCAAGAUGUCUUCAGUUUUUACCCAGAUGAAAGAUUUUGUAAUGGUUUUGUGGAAGUUUUGUCCCGGUAUAGGGAGAUUGUUCCCAAUUUGCGACUUGCAGGGCCUACAUCAUUUGCCCCGGUAAUUGAGAUGGCCAUGACAAUUGUUGAGCGGAGUGGGGGACAAUAUCAUGUUCUAUUGAUUAUUGCGGAUGGGCAGGUUACCAGGAGUGUUGAUACAGAACAUGGCAGACUUAGUCCUCAGGAGCAGAAGACGGUUAAUGCUAUUGUUGAAGCAAGCAAAUAUCCUCUUUCGAUUGUUGUUGUUGGGGUCGGGGAUGGACCAUGGGACAUGAUGAAGGAAUUUGACGAUAAUAUACCUGCGAGAGAUUUCGAUAACUUCCAGUUUGUGAAUUUCACUGAAAUUAUGUCGAAAAAUUAUCACCAAACUCGGAAGGAGACAGAAUUUGCUCUAUCAGCAUUAAUGGAGAUUCCUUCUCAAUAUAAAGCAACAAUAGAGCUUAACAUACUAGGCAGUAGGCGUAGGGGAGUUUCUCCGGAGAGGGUCCCACUUCCUCCUCCAUUAUAUAAUUCACGGCCAUUAAACAGCGCAUCGUCUUUCAACUAUUCGGAGCCUUCUUCACACUCUUCAAGUUUUCAGUCAAAUUCACCUUCCUAUUAUCAAGAUCAUAGUCGUGUUAAUACGCCUCCAUCUGCGCCUAAUAUAUCCUACGAGACUAGUCCAACCUCUCCAAGCUCUGAAUACAAUAAUCUGUUGUGCCCUAUAUGCCUAACUAAUAACAAGGACAUGGCUUUUGGCUGCGGACACCAGACUUGCGUUGAAUGCGGGCAAGACCUCUCCACUUGUCCGAUCUGUCGAAGCACAAUACAAACGAGGAUAAAACUCUACUAAAAACUCUACCUUGAUUCAGUGUGGAUAUUAGCAGAAAUUCUUUCAUUUGUUUUUUCUUGGUUUUGCUGAACUUAUGUAUGUUUUUCAAUGUUGAAAACAUGGUUGUAUUGUAUUUGUACAUUCUCCUUGCAAAUGAAUCCAUCUUUGUAAAUACAAGAUUGGUUUUUCUUUACAAAGUCAAAAUAAUAUCCUUUGUUUGUGA